AUGUCGUCGUUAUUAGAAAAGAAAAUAUCGGACCAACCACGAGGUAGCAUUUCCGAAGGGGAGGCUCAAAAUAUUUCCUCAAAAGUUCUUAAUGAAAAAUUGGGACCAUUAAUCUCAUUGGAUCAUAAUAAUCAAGAGAAGCUCUUAAAAGAAACACAGGCAAAUUUUGAUUUAAUAGCAGAAACCGGUUACAGUCCAGAACUUAGAAGAAGCUUUAGUGUUUUCUCGUUGUUGGGAGUUGCAUUUGGAUUAACAAACAGUUGGUUUGGCAUAUCUGGUGGUUUAGUUGCUGGUAUUAGUUCUGGUGGUCCAAUGUGUAUCAUAUAUGGUAUUAUUAUUCUUACUGCUUUUUCAACUUGUAUUGGAAUAACUCUUUCCGAACUUGCUUCUGCUUACCCCAACGCAGCAGCACAAAUAUAUUGGGCACAAAAACUUGCACCUCCAAAAUAUUCCAGAAUCAGUGCUUAUUUCACUGGACUUUUUGCUUCGGCUGGUAGUAUCUUCACUACAGCUAGUAUUAAUAUUUCCAUUAGUACUAUGAUUCUUGGAAUGUGGGUUCUCAAACAUCCAGACCAUGUGAUUAAGAAUUGGCAGGUAUUUGUUGUUUACGAGAUGUUAACAGGCGUCUUGAUGUGUUUCAACAUCUAUGAAAAACCUUUACCAGUGAUUUCUAAAACAGCUUUAUUUGUAUCACUUGGAUCGUUCAUAACCAUUAUUAUAACUGUUCUUGCCAUGCAUGAAGGUGAUUUCCAAUCUGCAUCUUUUGUUUUUGUUGAGUUUAAUAACGGUACUGGAUGGUCUUCUGCUGCAAUUGCAUUUAUUGUUGGGUUGAUUAACCCCAACUGGGCAUUUUCGUGUUUAGAUGCUGCCACCCACAUUGCCGAGGAAAGUUUAACUCCAGAAACAGAUAUCCCCAAAGCUAUCUUAGCAACAGUUGUUAUUGGAUUUGUGACAUCAUUCACGUAUUCUAUUGCCAUGUUCUUUUCCAUUUCAGAUUUGGAAGAGAUUUUCAAUUCAACCACUGGCGUUCCUAUCAUGGAUAUUUUUUAUCAAGCCACAAGAUCAAAAGCUGCUGCCAUUGGCUUAGAGUUUCUUGUCCUUUUAACUGCUAGCUUCUGUUCCAUGCAAUGUCAGGUUUGGUGCUCACGUAUCGUUUGGAGUUUUUCGAGAGAUAAAGGAUUACCGUUUUCAAAUAUUUGGUCUAAGGUGAAUACCACUACAGGAAAUGUCGUCAAUGCACAACUUUUUCAAAAUGGAUGUGUUGCAAUUAUCGGCUGUAUCUACUUGGCAUCUACAACUGCAUUCAAUUCGCUUAUUGUUUCUUGUGUUACCUUUGUUUUACUUUCAUAUUUGAUUCCAACAGUAUUCUUAGUAUUUAAGAGAAAACAAAUCAAACAUGGCCCUUUCUGGUUAAAAAAUAUUGGGUUGAUGGCUAAUAUUGGUUUAAUCAUCUAUGCUACAUUUGCCUUUAUUUUCUUCAACUUCCCUGCCGUAAUGCCAGCCACGGGAGGAAAUAUGAAUUACUCACCUGUUGUAUUUGGUCUUACUAUUAUCAUUGGUUCCACUGAUUGGUAUUUCAGAGGUAGACAUGAAUAUGUUUCUAUCGAAGAAAGAGCUCAAAACAAAGAGGAAUUGACAGCUAAUUUGUCAAAUCAAAUUACUGCAAUUCAAUCAGUUGUUUCCAUGCCUGUUUAG